AUUACAAAGAACCAAACGUUUUCUCCUUUUACAUUUUGACAUUUAUAUAAAAUUUUCAUAUAUAUAUAAAUUUGUAUAAAUAUAUAUAUACAUUUGAUUUGUGUAUAUAUAUAUAUAAUUGUGUUGAUUUGAGGCUCAGUUGAAUUAAGGAGUAAUAACAAUUCAGUUCCGAAAUUUUGGUGAAUUUGGAAUCAGAAAGUAGAGAAGGGAGAUUUUUUCUAUAGAGUGCGAGGGGAGAUUUUUUGUUUUUUGGUUUUGGUAUUGGAAUUAGUGGAUGCCGAUGGCGGCGGGGGCGACUGAUCGAGCGCGGCCGGUGGUGAUGCCGGCGGCGGCGGCGAUGACGGUGACGGACACAUUAGCGAAGGACGCGGUGUUGGGAUGGUUCAGAGGGGAGUUCGCGGCGGCGAACGCGAUAAUUGAUGCGUUGUGUGGGCAUCUGGCGCAGGUGAGUGAGAGUGGAGGAUCGGAGUAUGAAGCAGUGUUUGGUGCGAUUCAUAGACGGCGGUUGAAUUGGAUCCCGGUGUUGCAAAUGCAGAAGUAUCAUCCGAUUGCUGAUGUCGCGGUGGAGCUUCGGAAAGUGACGACGGCGAAGAAGAAGAAUAACAAGAUUCAGGAGGAGGAGGAGGUGAAAGGAGACGAGGUGGAGGCUGUGGCGGUGGCUGAGGGCGACGGCGGCGAGAUUGAAAUGGAGGUGAAGAAGAUGAGUGAAGAGGAUGAGAAGGAAUAUGUUGAAGAGGAUGAGAAGGAAUAUGUUGAAGAGGAAACAAAUAAUGGAAAAUUGAAGAUCGAAGAUAUGUCGAUUGAGAUUAACGAAACUGAUGGCGGAAGAAAUGAGGUUUUGCCUCCCAUUGAAGAAGAAGAUUCCAUCGGAAGCGAGAUAACUGAUUCAGGAUCUCAAGAAGGAGGAGUGCAGGCCAAUUAUGCAGAAGUUGAGAUAUGUUCUAACCAUGAAGAGUGUGAAGCACGUCCAGGGCAGAUGAAGUUGACAAAAGGUUUUUCCGCUAAGGAGCCAGUAAAAGGCCACAUGGUGAAUGUUGUGAAAGGAUUGAAAUGUUAUGAAGAUGUUUUCACCCAGUCUGAAUUGGCCAGGCUGAAUGAUUUUGUUGAUGACCUUCGCUCUGCUGGAAACAAUGGGGAGCUUUCUGGAGAGACAUUUGUUUUAUUCAAUACGCAGGUGAAAGGCAGCCGGCGAGAGAUAAUCCAGUUUGGCGUGCCCAUUUUUAGACAGAUAAGAAAUGAUUCGGCCAAUAACAGCCAAACAAGCAAAAACAUAGAGCCAAUUCCACCUAUUCUUGUGACGGUCAUAGAUCAUCUCAUUCAGUGGCAACUGAUUCCAGAGUACAAAAGACCAAAUGGAUGUCUUUUCAAUUUCUUUGAAGAGGGUGAGUACUCACAGCCAUUCCAGAAACCUCCACACUUGGAACAACCCAUUUCCACUCUCUUUCUUUCUGAAUCAACCAUGGCUUUUGGGCGUUCUAUUGUCAGUGAUAAUGAAGGCAAUUACAAGGGGCCACUAAUGCUGUCCUUGAAGGAAGGGUCUCUUUUGGUCAUGAGGGGCAAUAGUGCAGAUGUUGCACGCCAUGUCAUGUGUGCAUCUCCUAACAAAAGGGUCACCAUUACGUUCUUCAGAGUUCGGCCAGACUACGAUCAAUGCCAAUCACCAACCCCUCAGAUGUCGAACGCCAUGACUCUAUGGCAACCGGGAGUUGCAGGUGCAUGUGCCUUGCCUAAUGGAGCCACCUACGGCUAUGAAGCAAUGGAGGUAAUGCCGAAAUGGGGGAUCCUUCGCGCACCGGUGGUCAUGUUAGCUCCUGUCCGCCCUAUGGUAAUGAGCCCUGGAAGAUCACAACGUGAUGGCACUGGAGUGUUCUUACCAUGGGCUGUUAAUACAAGAAAACCAGCAAAACAUCUUCCUCCCCGUGCACGAAAAGGACGGUUCCUUGCAUUACCUCCUGCUGUUGAAACUCAUCUGCCAGACUCAUCUCACGAGCCAGGCAUAAGUGUUUGAGUCUGAAAUCAGAGUGGCAGUUCUGAAGUCGAAGCAACACGACUCGACUAAGUAGUGUUCUUGUUCUUUUAGUGAUGAUCUGAGUGAGUUUUUUCCCAUUCAACCCCCUUCCCCCAACACCACAAAACCGCUUAUUUAUUCGGAUGCCGUGUUCUUAAGGGUUUUUUUUUUCUCCUUCUCUUUUUAGAUGAAGUUGAGGUUCAAGUUUGAAGAGUGAACUAGAGGAUUUAGGUUCGAAUUUUGUAUUUACUAAUUGUAUUUAAAUCUUUCCUUUUCCUUCUAGAAUUAAACUUGAACUAUUUUCUACUGGAGUUGCAUGGAUUUUUCUGCUUCCUGUUUUCCACUAAACAAAUUAGUUUGGAGGAAGCAAAAUUUGCAUUCAGUAAAAUGAUCGCUAAGAAACAAAUUUGAAAUCUAA